CUGAUUAGUCUCUGAAAUUGAAGAUGGCGGAGAGUGUGCAUGGAGUAGAGGUGAUUCACUCAUGGUCUGCUCCAACGUCUCUCGAUACCCCUCUCAUGUAUUCUUUCGCACAGAGGGAUGACGUUGAAGUGCUUGAUGAACCACUCUAUGCUAAUUUCCUUCGAUUCAGUGGUGUCGAUAGACCCUACAGGGACCAACUCCUCUCCAAAAUGGAAUAUGAUGGAAACAAGGUCGUUAAGGACAUUGUUUAUCGUCCAGGAAACAAGAAAUACAGAUUCUGCAAGCAUAUAUCGAAACAGAGGGUACGGGGAUUGCCAGAGGAUUUAAUGAAGAAAGGAAAGCACUUCAUUCUGAUAAGAAAUCCUCUUGACAUAUUGCCAUCCUUUGAAGAGGUUGUCCCUUCCUCUUUCUUUGAGUUGGGUUUGGCCGAGCUGGUUUGUAUCUACAAUGAACUUUGCGAGCAUGGAAAAGCACCACCUGUUAUUGAUGCUGCAGAACUUCAACAAGAUCCUGAGGCAACUCUACGGGCUCUCUGCAAUGAUUUGGAGAUUCCUUUUCAACCUGCAAUGCUCAAUUGGGAAGCGGGUCCAAAACCUAUAGAUGGCUUGUGGGCCCCUUGGUGGUAUAAAAAUGUACAUAAAUCUACUGGUUUUAAAGAAGAAAGGAAGUAUCCUCAGCCAUUUCCCUUUUCUCUGUAUGAUUUGUUGGAGCAAAGUCUACCCUUGUACAAUAUGCUUCGGCGCCACGUGAAGAAGUCCUCCCUUCUAGGUCCUCCAUUACCUCCUCCGGAUCUUCCAGUUCCCGCAAAUGAGAAAUUGUUUGCCUGGGUUGGUGAUGAGAUUUUGCCACGUGAGAGUGCAAAGGUUUCUGUGUUUGAUUCAGUUGUCCAAGGAGGUGAUUCAGUUUGGGAGGGUCUUCGUGUGUAUAAUGGAAAGAUAUUUAAGCUUGAGGAACAUCUAGACAGGAUGUUUGAUUCAGCAAAAGCUUUGGCUUUUGAAAAUGUUCCAACUCGAGACGAGAUUAAAGAAGCUAUUUUCAAAACCCUGAUUAGGAAUGGAAUGUUUGACAAUUCCCAUAUUCGACUUUCUCUAACACGAGGAAAGAAGGUUACUUCUGGGAUGAGCCCCGCAUUAAAUCUGUAUGGAUGCACAUUAAUUGUGCUUGCUGAAUGGAAGCCCCCUGUUUAUGAUAAUGAACGUGGUAUAGUUCUUGUAACAGCUACAACACGCCGUAAUUCACCAAAUAAUUUGGAUUCAAAGAUUCAUCACAAUAACCUCCUCAAUAACAUACUUGCAAAGAUUGAAGGCAAUAAUGCAAAAGCAGAUGAUGCAGUCAUGCUUGACAAAGAUGGUUAUGCAUCUGAAACCAAUGCAACAAAUAUCUUCAUAGUUAAAAAGGGCCGUGUUUUGACACCACAUGCUGAUUACUGUCUUCCUGGCAUUACUCGAGCAACUGUAAUGGAUCUUGUAGUGAAAGAGCAGUUUAUCUUAGAAGAGCGGAGAAUCAGCCUCUCAGAAGUGCAUACCGCAGAUGAGAUAUGGACAACAGGAACGAUGGGAGAACUAAGCCCAGUAGUGAAGGUCGAUGGACGCACAAUUGGUAAUGGAAAAGUGGGGCCGGUAACUAGAAAGUUGCAAGGUGCUUAUAAAAAGUUGACAGAACAGUCAGGUGUACCGAUACCGAGCUACCUCGAAACUUGAAAAGGGUUGGAACCUGGAAAGUGAGUGAAAAUUGCUGGCGUGGCAUUACUUGAAAGCAACUGAGCUUAGUUCUUUUCUCUCAUCGAUAGUGGAAAUGGAUUAUUUUAUAUUCUACUUAUUGGCUCCAAAACAAAUAAAA